AUGGAUCCUGUCAUCAAUAGGGGUUCACACUUUCUUCUCCAAGCGUCUACACGGUUAGGGUUCGAGUCUCAACCCACCAUGGAUAGUUUCACCAGUUGGUUGGUGACCCUGGUGAGUUGUUUAGGGACAAAGAUUAAUCCAAUGCUUGAAAAAUUGACUGGGUAUACAUUCAACGUUAAGGAUGACUCUUGUGAUGAAACUGGAAUUGAUGGAAAAAUGUUGGUGCAAAUUUGUGGUGCCGUUGGUGGUGCCGUUGGUGUGGCACUGGUAGCUAUUGCUCUUAUCUGGGUUAUUUGGAAGAUGAUUGGGGUCAUUUUCAGAUGUUGUUGCGGAAGAAGGAGGACAAUGAAGGCUCCAGGGAGGAACCGUCGCAUUUUAAGGGCCGACUUUGAACGUAAUCCUGCAGCUUAUUUUCGUAAUUUGCAUAACGAUGAACGAAAUGGGUUAUUGGUUUGA